ACAUGCAACUGAGUGUGCAGUGCUAAUCCACCUGAAAUCUAUUCAGAUUCAAAUUCCAGUUUCCUUUAGUGCGAUUUCAUGUGUAAUGUACAUGUUUGGGUGGGGUGAGGAAAAAAAAUUGACAAAAAUUCCUUUUACAGUAUGUUCUUUGGAGUUUGGACCAGCAUGGAACUUUUGGUCUGAAGUUGUCUUGCAUGAUUCUCUGGUGGAUGGCACGUUUGCAGUGAACUUUGACCAUGUUAUAUCUCCCACAAAGUGUUUGUUUUGAUAUUUUGUUUACCUCUGGCUUUGCUCAUGCUCCCUCCACAGUGGAGGCUAAGGCUGAUGGAUGGAUCUAUAAAUACAUUGUAUGCUACAUAUGUCUCCUUGCUUGCGAUUUAAUUGACUCUGACCUAUAGACGGGUGCUCAACGGACUUGUUCCCACACAUCAAAGGCCGGUAUUGGAAUGUCAGAAAUAGUUUGAGUGCUGAAGAGCUUCAGAGACUUCACCAAUGGUGCCCUACAUGAUCAGUUGUACUGUUAUUUAGUUGUAAUGAUUUGUACAGCGUUACAUGCAUUAGGAAUAUUAGGAUUCAUUUCAUAAACAUUCUCAAGGUUUGUGUUAUCACUGGACAUUUUCGUGUGGUACUGUUUAUAUGAAUGUAAGAGGACAUGGAGGCGACAAAUGUUCCAAACGAUGAAAGUUCAUACCAGAGGUCUGGUAGCUAUGACAAGGUGAGACGUUUAGUGAAGGAGGAAGGGAGGAUGGCUCGUAACUUGGUCACAUGGAAUGUGCCUGUAGACAGUGAUGACAGUGACGACGAUGAAUCAAAGCAGAGAAGGAAUAGUAAGCAGCACCCUCUUGUGAUGGGGAAAGCUCGGAAGAAGUCUCAGUCGAUGCCGUCGCUAGACUCAGCUAGAUAUCAGAAGUCUAGCAGUGGAGAUACACAGGAGAAGGGAAGCCUCACACCCGGCCGCAAGAAGGUCAUUGCGAAGAAAGUAGACCUCAGGGCCCGAUACUGGGCAUUUCUCUUUGACAACCUCCAGAGGGCGGUAGAUGAAAUCUACCAGACAUGUGAGGUGGAUGAGAGUAUCGUAGAAUGCAAGGAAGUGAUCAUGAUCCUGAAGAGUGCUACACAGGAUUUCGAAUCCCUCAUCAAGAGGAUUACCGUUCAGAAAGAUUUUGAGAAUGCCGACGCCGAAAACAGACCGACUUCCAUCGUAUGGGAGGUUAGGAAGUCAUCUUCAUCCCCAUCGAAGCACAGAUCACCCAGCUGGCCUGCCGAGGCUCGGCUUCAUACACCUCGACGGCCUACGUCAUUGGCAUGGGAGGUGCGUAAGACAUCGCCCGGACACACCCUAGGUAGCCCCACCCCCGAUGGGUACAGGAGCACCCCCAGUCCUGUCAACAGGUCAUUGAACUUUGGGACAACAGUUGCACAAGGCUCUGGAAAAGCAAGCCCUGUUCCAGUGGCCCCCAUGGGUACAAGUUGGGCAGACAGAGUGAAGGGUAAGAAGCCCAUCAGACCGGUCCCUCAGUCUCCUAUCAAAGAAGAACCGGCCAAGCAAACUCCACCGCCUCCUGCUGUCCCGUCUGCAGAUGCCCAGAACGACACGAGAGUACCCAGUGUAGAUGGGACCCACAGUGAAGAUGCUGAUGAUGAAGGCUGGGAGACGGUCCAACGCAGCAAGCAGAACCGCUCCCGCCCCACCUCGGCCAAGCACUCCACAACGUCCUCAAACAACAACAGUCGUCACCACCCCACCGGCAACAACUCCAUGCAAUCAAGCACCAACCGAGCCCCGGCGCCUCCCAGUUCUUACUCGGUUCAGACUAGUACCACAACGGUGUCCAACAAACCCCCACUCCCUGCCGAGUCUAAACCGAGGGAGAGAGCUGAUAGUGAGAAAGAAAACAGACCAGACCAUGUUGAACAGCGGAAUACUGCAAGCGGUGGAGGAUCUGUCAAUCGACAGUUGAUGCAGGAGACACAGAAUGUUGCACCCGCUGUAAGGUCAUUGGACAUCAAGGAAGAGGAUCCCUGCAUCAUCAGGGCCUCAACGCGCAAAGCAAUAGAUUCUUCCUCUGAUGAAGAGCAAGGAGAUGAUGACAAUGAAGAGGUAUUAGCCACAAAACUUGAUGAUGUUGAGAACGGGAGCACUGAUUUGGAUGAGGAAGAUACACUGACCAACGAGCUGGCGAAAUGUCAGGAAGAGGCACUUGCUCGGGCAAUCGCUGAGGAAGAGAGUCUUAAUAAAGAGAUUCAGGAGGAGGAACAGACAGAGAUAGUGGUGGAAACUGAUGAUGCAGAGAGUGACCUAGGGAACACAUUGAGCUCAUUGGAGUGUUCACAGCAAGCUGUUGAUUGGGCCGAUAUGGCAUUGGAUUUUGAGAAGCGAGAGAGCGAGGGCGCUUCUUGGAACGAGUUAGUGAAUAUCGCAGAGAACGUGGAAUCGGCCAGGACGCCAGGAUACGCUCUUCAUAUGCAUGAGAAACUCUCCUCACCAUCAAGGAAAAGGACGAGAGAAGAAUCCCAGAAGCGUCACGAGGAAAGACAGAGCCGAGCCCAGAGCAAACGGGAACAGCUUGCAGAAGCCAAGUCUAACAGACUUACAUCACUGCAUGAAAAGGUUGAAGAGGUGGUGGAAUGGAAAGAUGAACUGAUAAGGCAGAAGAAGAAACUCCUCGAAGAGAAGCAGAAGAGAGCCGAAGAUAAGAGGCUGAUGCAGCUACAAGCCGUCAUCAGGAAGGCACAGGAUGAAGAAGCAAAGGCCAAUGAGAUAGCGUUCAUCAAUUCCUUGGAGGCGCAGAACAAGAAGCAUGACAUCAUGGCAAGGCAUCAAGGUCAUGAGGCUCGUUACCAUGACAUAUUAGAGGAGAGACAGAGGAAGAACGAAGAGAAGGCGGCUAAAGAGGAAGCCGUACAGGAGAGAAGAAAGGCACUCGAGGAUGAGAGAAUAGCACGGUUGGAGGCGAUGAAGAAGUAUCGACGUGAGCAGGAGGAGAAGAUGAAUGCAUUGAAGGAGCAGAGAGAACAAGCCAGGGAGAAUACACUCAAAGAAAAGGCAAAGGAGCGAGAGCAGCGUCUGUCGGCACUCACAGCUGCUCAAAGUGCCAAAGAGGAGGAGAUUCAGAAGAAAAUACAACAAAAGCAUGACGAGAGCCAGAAGCGUCACAGUCAACAGAUUGAACAGAAAAGAGAAAGGGCCAUUGAACUGAGUACCCUGAGGCAUUACCGUACCAGCGACUCUGCCCCGAAACAGAAACCCUAUGAAAAGAAAAAGAUGUGCAACUUGUGCAAUGUAUUGAUCCCGUCAGAGGUGUACCUCAUGAGCCAUCUUCGAGGAAAGAAACACCGAGAGAAAGUAGCAGAAAAACACAAAGCAGCUAGCAUCAGUGAAGAAGAAUUGGAAAACUACUCAGUGAAACUCGUUGUGGAGGCUCCUGGAGACCAGUCCCACCCUGAGAUUGUAGCCGAGAGGGAGAGACAGAAAGCUAGUAGGAAGAGGGCCAGGAAGCUAAGGCAAAGAAUGGCUAGCAAAGGCAAGGAGUAUGAGAACAAUUUGCCAUCAAAGACACAAGGACAGGAUUCACACCACAAAGCAAAGUUACAGAAGCUUCUAAAGGACCUGAACAAGUACCUUCAAGCUCAAGACUCAUCAGGUCCGUGGGAACAGAGCAAGGUCUCUGCCAUGGAAAGGGCACUAGGAGAGGUGAAUCGCAUCCUAGAUAAAAAGGAACAAACUGAUCAAAUCAUGUUUAGAGCGCACGGUGGGUUGUCUGUCCUCACCAGGGUGCUGAUGCUGAUAGAUAGCGCAUCAAGUGAUAAGCCAGCAGUUGUACCAAAGAAGACGCUGUGCUCUUCUGCCGAGGUAUUCCGCCUUGCAUGCAGGAACAACUUUGAUAACUGCCAAUAUACCAUGUACAGUGGCAAGAUGGCUCCUCUUAUAGACCUACUCAUGCAUCAGUUAUCAAUUCUUAUACCAGACACAGAAGAUGGCCUGCACGGCCAUCCUUGGGGUCCAGACUCCCUCAAACCACCCCACGACAGCGUGGCGGGCAGUCUCAUGCUUCUACUCACCAGUAUACUCAAUGUCCUGGUCAAGCAUCGGCCGCAGUCUCCUUCCUCGCCCGACGGCAAGCUCCCAUCUUCGGCCAAGAAGAAACAGAAGGACACAUUUGACCAGUGGGGCAUGGAUGUGGUUAGUUACUUGGUAAGCUGUGGUGUUCUUGAUAAACUGACAGUGUACUUCAACAAUGUCCGCAAUCCUAUUGAUCAGGAACCUCAGAUAGCUGAAUUCCUUCAACAUGCCAUGGGUCUACUGGGAGCCAUGACUCGAUUCAUAUCUACUACUUCCAACAGGUCAGCCGAGGGUAUCUUUGGUCCCAAGAAGGAUGACCCCACCCAGCUGGUAGCCACAUUCCAGGUGACCGGUCUUGGGGGUAUUGUAUCCCUCCUCUACGGCAUCCUCCUCCACGGUGGUGCCCCCUCCCGUGACAGUAGCAUGACCCCGCCCGAGAUACCUGAACACACCCUCAGCGUCGUCAAUGCUGGUAUCAAGAUGCUGAGUAGUAUAGCCACCCUAGAUCUCAACGUUCUACAAACUGCCCUAGGAGCAGAGGGAACAUCCCUUGAGUUCCGUCACAUAGCAACCUAUCUGAUGUGGUACUGCAGUCACUUCACCGCCAACGAGGAUCUACUUCAUGAGGUUAUUCUCAUCGUGGGCUACAUCACUGUGCUCAACCUAGAUAAUCAGAUCCUUGUUCAAACAGGCAACACCCCAACGCUUCUCCAGCAGCUGUGCAGUCUACCAUUCCAAUAUUUCAGUGACCCACGUCUUAUCAACGUCCUCUUCCCCACCCUCAUCUCGUGUUGCUAUGACAACGCCGAGAACAAGAAGAUCCUUCAGCAAGAAAUGAGCUGCUCACUGCUCAUGUUGUUUUUGGAGGAACGUCAGAGAGACAAAAGCAAAGGGACAUUACCCUCAGUUACCAAGGCUAGAGUGCAUGAUGCUAGUGAGAAGGAUCCCUCCAGUCAUGACCUAGGUAGAGUCUUGUAUUGAGCUUGCAGUGCAUCCACACUAAUUUGUUUUGAAUUUUUUGUUAUUUCUCUCACUCAGUUUUAUUUAUAUAGACUUUUGGUUCCUCAAAUUCUAUUUUCUCAGUUCUAAUUUGUUCACACUGCCUUGCUCAACUUUGUAAUGUAUUUCUUCCACUGGAAAAUGGAAUUUCCUGUUUUGUUUUUAAAUGCAUGAAUGACUAUGUGUUUUGCAUUAUCAAUAUACAUGUAGUGUGCUCUUCUCCUAGAACCUGAUUAAUUAUGUUGCUUUUGCAUGCUGUUGCAGUUUUAUUGAUGCACAUGUAUACAUCUUUCUACUUGAAGUAAAAAUUUUCUGAGAGGGUUUUUGUGUCUUUGCAAAAACUCGAAAUAAUUUGUUAAGUUCUGAUAUCUGUGGUAUACGAUUCUGUUCUGAUAUAUGAUAGAAGAAUUAAGGAUAUAAGAUGGAAAUGAAAUGUGUUAUACGAAACACAACUCAUACAAAUAUUCUUGUCAUUUGAUUGGUUGAAAGGUGUUCAAUAUUUGAUCUUUUUUAUGCUGCAUGCAUAUUUUAUAUUUCAUUGCAGGCCGUGCUUUUUCCCUCAGUGUGUACCACUGAGUAUGUGUGUGUCUAUGAAUCUAUGUGCAUUUUGUAUCAAGUGUGUGUUUGCGCGCAGGAAGGAAACGCAUCAAAUUAGGGUGACUACAUGGGCACGUUAGAUCCAUAAAAUAGUGCGCGUCCCAAAAGAAAGCAAACUAUUAACUGCUUUCAUACAUGGGGACAAAUAUUUCAUUAACAUAGAAAAUGAGUCGCCGGACAUAGGCCUAUACAUAUUGUGGCAACGUCGAUUAAUCACACUUUAAUAAUGAAUACUUGACAGACAAGAAUUGCUUUCCCAAGGUGUUCUAAUAUAAUCUGAAAAUUGUGGAAAACUAUCAUGUAUUCCCAAAGGAAAUCAAUCUAUUUUAUAGAUCUGAAUAUACAUGUAUCUAGUUUAUUUAAUUACAUGUAGCAUAUAACCACGUCUUCCACUGUUCUAAGGAAAUAACAUGAUGUAUCCAUUUUAUAUUCAAAAUUAAUGAAUUGUAUAUUUUAAAUCUUAAAUUGUUUUAAUAUACAUAUACAUGUAUAAGAUCCACACCAAAUUAUAUUUCAUGGUAUUUUCAUAUGCAAAAAAAUAAUUAUUUUUUGGCAGAAAAUCUGGAAUCUUCUCAAAUAAUUUUCAAUUCUUUAAAGAUAGACACGACUCACAUUUCCAACAUUUCAUUCUUAUAAAUAAUUGUGUAUGUCCAGUCAUAUUUGAAAACUUCGAAAAAAGAAGACGAACAAGAGAUUUACUAACAGGCAGGACCAGCUUACCUCACAUCGAGAGUAAAAUAUUGAAAAUGACAGUUUUUAUUCUUUUUCUUUUCCUCCAUGAAUCAUCGUUCUGGAUUUGCAUUUUUGCUUGAAGCAAUAACUACUACUGUCUCUUUUGUAUUAGGAAUUUCUACCUUUGGCAA